AAUUGUAAUUUCAGGAUGUUGACAACACCGAUAAUUUGCUUCUAACCUCAAAGACAUCCUCAGUCAAUAUCAACAAAGAUAAUAGAUUAGAAAUGGAACGCUCUCUAAACCCUAAGGCGGCAGCAGAGGAAAAAUCUUCUCUAGAAAAGGACUAAAUACAAAGAAGUGUCAAGAAAGCUAAACCCAACGGGGAUGAAAUUCUGCCAGAAGCAGAGGAGGUACCAUGCAACAAGAAGGUGUCACUACGAUGGUGAUGGAUAAUGUUGGUGAACGGUAGAGCCAACCUCCUCCCGUGCAGAGGAGUAAAUCGGAUUCUGUACUGACGGGUAUGGUAGCUUCAGGAACGACGAGGAGCUAUUCUUAUAAGGAUAGUAUGAUGUUAGGGGGAGCCGAGAUGGAUUUAUCUCCAGCAGAGAUUGUUCAAUUGGUGGCUGAGGAUUAUUCUCUGGAUGAGGUUGUGGAAUUAACCACGGAGGAAGCAGCCCCCUUCAAUCCAAAACCUAUACUUGAAGUGUCCCUGGAAGAAUACGAUACAUGGUGCAAGCCUUGGAAGUUUUUCCUAAUCGUCAAACUUCUGGGGAAAAGCUUGGGGUUCCGUGCUAUGGAUGCUUGCAUUUAACGGGUAUGGGCAAGGAAAGGUGAAGUCAAAGUCAUUGACUUAACUGGGGAUUUUUUCCUAGUUCGAUUCCUAGACAAGGAAGAUUAUUGACACGCUCUGUUUGAAGGCCCUUGGCAAGCUGCUGACCAUUAUCUCUUGGUACAGAGAUGGAGACCAUUCUUUAACCCUUAUGCUAAUGAUUUUCAAAGAAUUGCAAUAUGGGUGUAGAUUCUAGAUUUACCUGUGGAAUUAUACACUCAACCGUUCUUGUGGAGAGUAAAGGGAAAGAUAGGUUCUAUGCUCAAAAUUGACCAAACCACGUCAAUUCACUUGAGGGGAAAAUUUGUGCGGCUAUGCGUUGAGAUUGACUUACGGCAUAAACUUGUUUUGGCCAUUGAAGUAUUAGGCCGAGAGUUUAGGAUAGAGUAUGAGAGCUUGCAUUUGAUAUGUUUUGGGUGCGGAAGGUAUGGUCAUAGAAGGGAGGAAUUUCCUGAUGGAGGAGUCACGAACGCCAAGAUGCAUCCGCAAGAGGCAAUGACGGAGACCAUUCCCAUGGUUAAAGCAAAUGGGGAAGGUUUGGAUGCACCUAAUCUGGCUCUGAAUAAUUCGGAAGUGGUUCCCGAAGAAAGGGGGAUUGUGACAGAGGUGCAAGCAAAGUCAACGGGGAGGGUUGAUGAGAAUGUUGGAAAUCAAACCACUUCUUUUGGGCCUUAGAUGCUUGUGAGCAAGAACCAACAUAGAGGAGUUCGCCCUAAGUAAGGAAGUGGGCCAGGGCCCAAAGUGCAAGUUCAACUGGGCUCACGUUUCAACUUGUUGAUCAAUGAGGAACCCAAAGACCUAAUAACUCUUUAUUUGGGCAACAUAGCCUCAACUCACACGCCCAAACAUUUUGAAGGAAAGAAGGAGAAAUUAAAACUUCCGUCUCAGGAGGGAAGAAGUAAGAAAACCCAAACUGGGAAGACUCUUUCCAUUCUCAAGUCUAAUCCGUUUGCUAUCCAGAGCAAAGGGGUAUCAAAAAUGCGAAUGGAGAGGAAGGAAGAAGAGAGUCAAAGUUUUGAAGUAACGGUGAAUAAGGGGAAAGAAGUAGACUCCUCACCUAGUCCUGCAGCAAAAAAUCGGAAGGAAGAUGAUUAUUGGCACUCAAUUAAAUUGAUUAGACAGGCACAAUUCAUGACUGGAGGUGACAAGCUGGGCUUGGAAGGGCUUCCCUAUGUUCAAACAUAUCUUCCUUCGAAGGAGGAUACCAGGGCUGCAAAUAAAGUAAAUCGCAAUAUGGGAGACGUGGGUACAACGUCAAAUCCACCGGACCCCGGAGCAAUGGUUGAUGCAAACUCUCCUGUGGUUUCUGUCUCAAUUUCUCCCAUGGUGGAGCAAGCUUCAACAGGUUGGUUAAGGAUUUAUGUGGUUGUUAUCACUCUAAUAUACUCUGUUUACUGGAGACUCGUAUCUCUGGAACAAAGGCAACAAACAUUGCUUGAAAGUUUGGUUUCUCUUCUUGGCAUCUUGUGGAAGGUGUUGGCUUCUCUGGAGGUCUCAUUCAGGACGAUUGGUGUGUGGGUGGCGACUUUAAUUGUGUGCUUACAAGUGCAGACACUGGGCCCUUUACUUGGCAGCCGGGGGACCAUCCGGAGGAGACUGGACAGGAACACCUUCUAUUUUCAUGGUGUAGCCACUUCAAGAAAGAGACGAAAUAGAAACCUUUAUACGAAAGAUUCCGGGUAUGAGAGAUUGGAAGCUUCGGGUUUGUUUCCAACGAUUUCUAAGGAGGAUAUAACAAUGUUGACUAAGGAGGUGACAGUUGAUGAGAUUAGAACUUCCCUCUUCACAAUGGGGGCCUAG